CACGUUAAGAAUUUUAUCCAACGUAGUUCAGUAAAAUAGACAGUACGGGGUAUUUUUUCCCCACGCUAGUAGACAGCUUUGUCAGAGGACAUAUAAAUAACAAUAUUGUAAUCAUAAAAUCUGUAUCUUUGGGUGCAGAGAUGACAAAAUUAGAGAAAUCAUUGAAGAUCCGCCUAUAAUGAUGGCCUGUGGUCCUAAAGGGGAGUGUGGCAUUAAAUAAUUUUGGGAAUUGUGGUCCAGAUCUGUGGUCCAAACAUGUCAAUACAGCAUGCAGAAUUCGUAGUUGACAUCAAACAAACCCUUUCAGCAGACUAGAAGGACGCCCAGGCGGGGAGGUGAAAGGUUGGAAGCAAUGGGGGAAGUUUGUAGAGAGAACACCAAGUCAUGGCUUUCUGUGAUUUGGCAAGUCUGCAACGUUUCCAUGUCUUUAUUCUUCGCUCUUGCAACAUAUGUUCAGAUUAAUGACCCGGACGCGGGGUUAUGGAUGGUGGGUUAUAGUGUUCCUACAGUCCUGUGUGCGGUUAUCGGCUGGAAACCCCAUGUGACAGAGACUUUGACCUGGAGGCGUGUUGCAGAUCUCCAUGUGAUGAUCUCCAGCGCCGUUGUUGCCAUGUUGGCAUGGAGUCUUAAUAAAGAGCGAAUCACAGAGAUCUUACAACAGGAGGAGGGCAGAGAAUUCUCUGGUCUCACGUUGACGGUUGUUUGGCUGCUCCUGUGUCGCCACUCUGGAAGGGCUCCAGUCGGGACGCUCAGAGUCUCAACAGCUGUUGCAAUCACGGUCUUCCCCUUCGUGUCCUGGCUUUACUACUUUAUCAACAAGGAGCUGACAUCAAACUGGCCUUCACAUUGUAAAACUGUUAUUUAGACAUCAGCUUCUUGUCCCCUUUUUGGCUUAAAUAUUCCUUUUUAUUAUGUUCUUUGACUGAAAAAAAUCCACAUGACAGCUAUUAACAAACUAAAACUAUUUCUUAUCCAGUA